AUGAUUAAAAAUGACAGUCCACCAACAAAUUCUCAAAUGAUGAUUGACUUAAAUAAUAAUGAAAAUUCACAUCGUGAUAUUUGUGAAGUAAAAAAUAAUAAUAAUAAUAAUAAUAAUAAUAAUAAUAAUAAUAAUAAUAAUAAUAAUAAUAAUAAUAAUAAUAAUAAUAAUAAUAAUGAUAAUAAUAACAACAACAACGAUAACGAUAACAACAACAAUAAUAAUAAUAAUAAUAACAAUAGUAUGGAUUUAAAGUCAUUGAAUGAUAACACUGAAACAAUUGGUGCAUAUAUUACAGAAUCAUCAACUCCAUUAAUUCAACAAAUUCCAAAAACCAAAGUUUCACCAAUUUUAUCAUCUUCACCAUCAUUAUCAUCAUCUUCUUCAGCAAAUAAAAAAUUGAAAUCAAAAUAUAAAAAUUCCCCACCACUUUUAUCAAAAUCAAAAGAUUUCAAUAAUUAUGAUGAUGAUGAUGACGACGAUAAGGAAAAUGAUUUAGAUACAUUUAGAUUAGACUCAAAAUUACCAAAACCAACAACAUCAUUAAAAAAUAUAAUCAAAUCAAGUUUAACAAACUCUAGAAAUAUGGAAAAUAAUAAUAAUAAAAUUGAAAUAGAAGAAGAGGAGGAGGAAGAAGAAGAAAAAGAUUUAUCAUAUUUAAAAAAAGUUGAAAAACAAGAAAAUAUUGAAGAGAAUGGUGGUGAGGAUAUGUUAUUGGUAGAUAGAAUGGUUGGAUAUGAAAGUAAUAAAUCAAGAGAAUUCAUUUAUUGGUUAACAAUUUUAUUUUCAUGUGGUGUUUCAUUGUUGGUAUACUAUUGGUUCGAAUUAUUAUAUAUUAAUAUUCGAUUUAAAAAAUCAUUAACCAUUUCAAAUGCAACUCAUGUUUUGGUUUAUUCUAAAGAUUUAAGAUUUGAAUUCUCAAAGGUUAAUUACAUAAUGGACGACAAUGAUGAUCGUCAUCAUACAUCAAAUCAAUAUACUGAGAAAUAUAUAAUUUAUAGAUUUUCAAGAUUCUUUUUCAACGAGAAAAUUCAAGAGUAUGAAAAAACUAAAUUAGUUAACCAGUAUGAAAAGAUUGAGUUAUUAAGAUUGGUUGAGAAUGGAUUGAGUAAAGAGAGUUUAAAGAAAUUGAAGCAGAGAUUCGGAGAAAACGAAAUCAAUUUCCCAGUUAAAAAUAUUCCACGUCUUUUAAUGGAGGAGGUGUUACAUCCAUUUUUCAUCUUUCAAAUCUAUAGUGUAUGUUUAUGGAUUGCAGAAGAAUACUAUUAUUAUGCAGCAGCUAUCUUUUUAAUUGCAACAGUUAGUGCUAUAAUAAGUUUAAGAGAGAUUCGUGGUAAUUUAUUAUCAUUACAAAAGAUUUCCCAUUUUGUAUGUUCAGUGGAUGUUCUUAGAAAUAAUGGUGAAAUUGAAACUAUCUCCUCUACAGAGUUAGUACCUGGUGAUAUCAUCGAAUUACGUCAAGAUUUCAUUAUGCCAUGUGAUGUUAUCUUAUUAUCUGGUCAAGCAAUUCUAAAUGAGUCAAUGUUAACUGGUGAAUCAAUACCUGUUAAUAAAUAUAGUGUUUUAAGUGAUGAAGAAAUUAAAUUAUUUAAACAACAACAACAACAACAACAAAAUAAUAAUAAUAAUUAUAUUACACAAGAUGGUAGUAAUAAUAAUAAUGAAGAAAUUAAAGAUUUAUCAAAAGAAAAACGUUCAUUAAUUUAUGGUGGUACAGUUGUUGUAAAAUUAUUAUCAUCUACAAGUACAAAUGAUAAAAUAUUUGGUAUGGUACGAGAUACAUCAUUUCAAACUACAAAAGGUAAACUUAUUCUUAGUAUUUUAUAUCCAAAGAAAUCUCAUUUCAAAUUCUUUAUGGAAAGUUUAAAAUUUGUUGGAGUUUUAUGUGUUUUAGCUUUUGCAGGAUUUUGUAUUUCAGUUUGGCGUUUAAAAACAUUGGGUGUAACUAAUCAUAUAAUUGCAUUACGUGCUCUCGAUUUAAUUACAAUCGUCGUUCCACCAGCUUUACCAAUGGCAAUGACAGUAGGUACUGGUUUUGGUUUAUCACGUUUACGUAAAUCAAAAAUAUUUUGUAUUUCACCACCACGUUUAAAUAUGGCUGGUAAAAUUCAAGUAUUUUGUUUCGAUAAAACUGGUACUUUAACUGAAGAGGGUUUAGAUUUAUUAGGUAUAAUUUCAACUUCAAUCAUCAUAAAUAAUAAUGGCAAUAAUAGUAAUAAUAAUAAUAAUAAUAAUAAUAAUAAUAAUAAUAAUAAUAAUAAUAAUAAUAAUAAUAAUAAUAAUAAUAAUAAUAAUAAUAAUAAUAAUAAUAAUAAUUAUAAAUCAUUAUCAAUACCAAGUUCACCAUUAUCAAUUUCAAAAUCACCACAAUCAUUAUAUUUGGAUAGUAGAAUGACAUUUUCAUCUUUACCAAAUUCACCAACAAUUAAUUCAAAUAAUAAUACUGCUAAUGGUAGUGGUGCUGGUGGUGCUGGUGGUAGUGGUGAUAAUAAUGGUGAAAAUUAUUAUUAUAAUAUGAUUAAUAUACCAACAUCUGCAAAUGUUUCAAUGGUUGAAUAUAAAUUUAACGAAAUGAAUGAUCCAAAAGUAACAUCAUUUAAUAAUAAUCAAGGUAUGUUUAGAUUAUUAAUGUCAACAUGUCAUUCAUUAACAGUUAUAAAUGGUUCAGUAUCUGGUGAUCCAUUAGAGAUUAAAAUAUUUGAAUCUACCAAUUCAACCAUUUUAGAUGGUAGUACAACCGGUAGUAGUGGUCAAGUUAUAUCAAUGUCACCAAAUGAAUUUUUAUCACAAGAGAUUAUGGUGUCCUAUUUGGAGAAUUUCGAUUUUCAAUCAAAACUUCAAAGAAUGAGUGUAAUCGUUCAAUUACAAUCGAGUGGUAGAUGUUUUAGUCUUGUAAAGGGUAGUCCUGAAAUGAUUAAAAAUCUAUGUAUUCCACAAACCAUUCCAAAGGAUUACGAUAGUCAAUUGGCAAUUUACACAGAGAAAGGUUAUAGAGUAUUGGCAUGUGCUUAUCGUAAAUGGGAUCCAACCUUUUUAUUCCCAAAAAGAGAUAUCCUUCGAAAAGAAUCUGAAUCAAAUCUUGAAUUUUUAGGUUUUAUCAUUAUGGAGAAUAGAAUUAAACCACAGUCACCACCAAUCAUUAAAAAAUUACAAAAAGCAAAUAUUAGAACCGUUAUGGUAACUGGUGAUAAUGGUUUAACCGCUACAAGUGUUGCAAAACAAUGUGGUAUAAUUAAAAAUGAUUCAAUUUUAUUUAUGGGUUUAAUUCAACCAUCAUCAACACCAACACCACCACCACCAUCUCAAACAGCAGUAGCAUCAACUUUAUAUACUAAUAGUAAUAACGAUUCAUCAUCAUCAGUAUCAACUACAACAUCAACAACAGCAAUCGCAACUAAAGGUAGCAUGCUUGAGGAUGAAAUUAUUUGGGAGCAUGUUUCACAAGAAGGUAGAGGUGAUAUACAUAAAUUAGAUCCAAACACUUUAUUAUUGGAUGACGAAAAUCGUGAUUAUAAUUUAAUUGUAACAGGCCCAGUUUUUAAACAAAUCUAUAAUCAUUAUUUAGCAACUGGUUCAACUAGAUUCGUCAAUAUGUUAAGACGUGGUGUUGUUUAUGCAAGAAUGACACCAGAUGAAAAACAAACUUUGAUCGAAGAAUUGGAACGUAUUGGAUUAUAUGUUGGUAUGUGUGGUGAUGGUGCAAAUGAUUGUGGUGCAUUGAAGGCUGCUCAUGUAGGUAUAUCAUUAUCAGAGAGUGAAGCUUCAAUCGCUGCACCAUUCACUUCAACCAUCACUGAUAUCAGCUGUGUUCCAACUUUAAUUAGAGAGGGUAGAGCAUCGUUGGCAGUUUCAUUCAAACUUUUCCAAUUCAUGGGAAUGUAUUCAUUGAUUCAAUUCACUUCAGUCAUCUUUUUAUAUUUCCAUGCAAGUGUAUUGGGUAAUUGGCAAUAUCUUUAUCAAGAUCUUUUCGUUAUCUUCCCAUUGGUUAUCUUUUUAGGUAUGACAGAACCAUGUGAAAAACUCUCACUUAAACGUCCUUCCGGUAGGUUAAUUAGUGGCGCUAUCAUUGGUUCUCUAUUUGUUCAUAUUUUGGUUUGUGUCUCUUAUCUUUUAGCCAUUUACCUUUUGGUUCAAACUAAAUCUUGGUUUGAUGAAAUUGUAUUGGAUGAUCAAAAUAUUAGAAGUUAUAUUACUACAUCACUUUUCAUUUUUGGUUCUUUCCAAUACUCAAUUAUGUUAUUCACUUUUUCUUUUGGUAAACCAUUUUUAAAACCAUUUUAUACAAAUAAAUAUUUAUUUAUGGUAUAUAUUUUUACUUUAACUACAAAUUUAAUCUUAUUAUUUGGUGGAUUUUAUAAAGUUUGGGAUUUCUUACAAUUAAGAGUAUUACCAGUUGGUUGGAGAUUUACAAUGUUUGCAUUUAUUGUUGGUAAUUUAGUUUCAAAUGCUCUUGUUGAAUUCUUCUUUUACUUGUAUAAAUCUAGAUCCAAAAAGAAAAAGAUUUUAAAUAUAACCAAAAUCUUUUCAAAAAAUGAAGAUGAUAUUCCAAAAGAUUCUAGAAUUUCAGAAAAUUCAGUUUUAAUUCCAAUUCAUAAUAAUUAA